AUGCACGCUUUCUGUAAUCCCGAAUCCUUGCUUUCCAAUGUCACCGAGGAAUUUGCGCUUCAAAUGGCUCAUAUGAAAAGUACAUUCACUAUUUUACAGAUAAUGUUUUGUUUGUUAGGCGUUAUGGGUAAUAUUUUAAAUCUACGUACUUUACAAAGUCCAUCUCUGCAAACGGUACCGUUUAUGUAUAUAAGAGCGUUAGCAUUUUUCGAUUUGGUGAGUUUUACCUACUUGUUUAUUUAUUUAUUUAUUUGUUUAUUCAUUCAUUCAUUCAUUUACUCAUGCAUGCCAUUUCACGCGCUUUGA